GCUGCUUCGAGGCGGCCGCCAUUGGCGCCAGCACCCACCGCGCGUGUGGAGGUGUGGCGGGGCCUGCACGGUGGGACAGUCGCCGAGUGUCGCAGGGGGCAAGCGAGGGGCGGACUGACGCAUCGCGGGCGGAGAGGCCGCGUGUCCGCACCCCGCCGGUCCGCGACAGGGUCUUCCCGGCGACUUCGACCUGAGCGCCUGCGCGGCACCUCGCAGACCCUCCGGGAGCGCCCGCACGGGAGCACCCGCACGGGAGCACGAGGCGCUCCAGUGCGCGUGCGCGGCAGGGGUCUUCCCGCACCUGCUCGCGAGACCCCAACGGCCCGCGGCUCUAGGCCUCGCCUGGACGGCGGGUGGAGCUGGUCAUGGCGCCGCUGUGCGGACCCGGGUGUUGCCGGGCGCUGCUCGCGCUGCUGGCCUCGCUGCUAGUCCUCGGGGCUGACGCGGCCGACGGAGAACAGAGCGUCCACGAGUUUUGCCGCGUUUUGAAGGCCGUGGGAAGAUGCCGGGCCGCCUUCCCUAGGUGGUGGUACAAUGUCACUGACAGAUCCUGCCAGCAGUUUGUGUAUGGAGGCUGCAAUGGGAAUAAGAAUAAUUACCUGACCAAGGAGGAAUGUCUGGAGAAGUGUGCCGGCGUCACGGAGAACACCACUGAUGACUCGGCUGCCAGCGGGACUGGAGUGGAGUCCUCUGUCCCAAGUGUUCCCAGAAGGCAGGAUUCUGAUGACCCCUUCAGUGAUAUUUUCGACUAUGAAGAAUACUGUACUGCCAAGGCGGUCACGGGGCCUUGCCGUGCGUCCUUCCCGCGCUGGUACUUCAAUGCCGAGAAGAACGCCUGUGACAGCUUCGUCUACGGAGGCUGCCGGGGCAAUAAGAACAGCUACCUCUCCGAGGAGGAGUGCAUGAACCGCUGUUUCCGCAAGCAGCUGUACCCUGCUCUGCCCCACAGCACUAAAGUGGUGCUGGCAGGGCUCUUCCUGAUGGUCCUGAUCCUCCUGCUGGGAGCCUCGGUGGUCUGCCUGAUCAGGGUGGCAGGGAGGAGCCAGGAGCGCACCCUCCGCUCCGUGUGGAGCUCCGGGGACGACAAGGAGCACCUGGUGAAGAACGUCUACGUCCUGUGAGCGCCCCGCCCUCAGGACCCCGAGAGGGCGGCAGCAGGAUGCGCGUGCGCUUUUAGAAUACGGGAUUGGUGUCUGUGUGAGGGAUUGGUGUCUGUGUGAGUGCCGGGCUUCUGUCCGCUCCUUCUCCGGAGGGUGAGAGGGCUGCUGCCCGCGCCCAGGCGGUCUGCGCUGGAGACCCUCUUCCGGAGGCGCCCUCCACUGCAGGGCGGCCCCCAGGGGCGUUGCCUCCUGUUUCUUUCUUCGCUCCAGGUGUAGUUCCUUCGCUUCUGUUGAAUCCUGUUGCCUCCUUUCCCAUCACAGAAGUGGUAUUUUAAUAGUUUCCUUUGUUUGUUUGAUUUGGGGGUUUUUUUAAGUAAGCAGAAAUAAAAGGUUUUUUUAUUAGGAUUCUGAAAGCAAGAGAGUAAAAUAUACAAAUUCAAUAAAAGGGGCCUUCCCUUUCAAAAUAAA